AUGAGUGAUGUUCCUCCUAUUUCCAUUCCCCUGCCCGAGCUCCCGGACGAGCUUAUGCUUGACAUUUUCCACCGUGCUGAUGCUUCAACCAUUUUGAAUGCUCGCAGCACCUGUCGCUCUUGGAGAGUCAAACUAAGCAGCUAUGACUUCCAGACAACACUUGCUCAAAGGUGGAAACAUCAUGGCUGCUCACUCCUGAUGCAUUUUUGCUAUCCAUCCUCUCUGAUGAACUCUGUAGAUUGGGUUAUGAGGAUGGAUGCUUCGAGUGGUUACACUAUGCCAUUUCACUUUCCUUUUUUGCUGACAUAUGAAGGAUGGUUCCACAUUAUUGGCGUUGAAAAUGGGAUCCUCUGCAUAAGAUACAGUUCAAUGGGCAAGAAGUCUUACUUGCUAUCUUGGAAUCCUGUUAGCCGAAAAUCAAAAAUUAUCCAGGAUCCUGUUUAUAUUUUUCAGCCUGACUUGGUGUAUUUAUAUGCUUUGGUGUACUUUCCAUCCACUCUGGAUUAUGCCAUCCUUUAUAUUUUCAAACAAACAUCAGAAAGUCCUUCAAGCUCACUUUCAAUUUAUACAAGUUUCAGAAGAAACUGGAAUGUGAUCAUAACAUGUCCACCAUAUGUUGUAACCUUAGAUGCUACGUAUGUUACACUUGGUGGAUCAAUUUAUUGGUUAACAUGCUCAGUUGACGAUGAUGAAAGAAGAUCCCCAUAUAUUGUAUGCUUCUCCUUAUUAUCUAACACUUUUCAGCAAAUUUUCAUUCCUCGGCAGGCUUUGGCUCAUUGCUACAUGCUCAUGCUCCUGAACCAAAAGGUUUGCCUUGCCUCAUCUACUCAUGACGAGGAAGUAUUCAGCACCUCUAUUUGGCAUGUUGCUGUUACUGAGGAGGAGCCAGCAUGGACAAGGUUGUUCAUGUACAAUGGCGUUGCCCCUCUCUUUACUCCUGCCAUCUUUGUUGAUGAAGAUAUAAUAGAAAUAAAGGAGAGGCAUUUUGAAGAAGAUGGCGUCGAUGAUUCACACGUUUCACACUUUCACAUAUGUCGAUACACUCCCAUGGAAAAGACUAGGAGGACUCUUCAUUGGGUAGAGUAUGAAGAUAACGUAAGGAUUAGGUCACUGCAUGUGUAUUAUGAGACGUUAUACCCGGUUUGA